UAAUUAUUAGAUAAAAUUUACGCGUGUUUGUUUGUACAAAUGGACUUGUAAUUAGAAGUAUAUAAGCUAAGAAUUUUAAUCUGCAUUUUAAUCGUGAGUACAAUGGCGCAGUGUAACGUACUGUACGGCCCUAGAACGCACGUCAAACUUACCGAAAAAAAUGUUGCUAAGCUCAUAAUCGACAAGAUCACAAACAACCAACAAGACCACCCUUUGCUGAUCGACGGAGAAGAAACUAUAAGCAACAAACGCUUCUUGAAGCUGUGCCGGAAUUUGACAUGGUCCCUGCACACCUUAGGCAUCGAUCAGGAUGACGUGGUGGCUUUAAUAGCCGAAAACUCUUGGAAGUUUUGCGUCACAAUGGUCAGCACCUUCGCCUUAGGUUCACCUUUGCACGUACUCAACCCUGAGUACACCUACUAUGAGUUUAAACACCUACUGGAGCUCACCCAACCUAAACUAGUGUUUUGCACCUACAAAAGCUAUAAUACUAUUCUCAAACUGAAGCAGGAACUCAAGUACUUGAGGUUUAUAGUACUGUUGGAUUUGGAUGGAGAGGAACAAGAGGCCAUACCCUUUGACGUUGCAGUUAAUGUUGAAGGUGUUACCCAACAAUUUUUCGGCGUGAUUAACCCCAGCACACAACCGGUGCUAAUACAUAAUUCUUCGGGUACCACCGGCCUUCCAAAAGCAGUCAAAAUGACCCACGAAUCCUACAGUUUCGCCUACCUGUACCAGCUGUUUGAUGAGUACUGUUAUACGAAACCACACCAGAACCACUUGAUUUAUUUGCCCUUGUUCCACGGAUACGGUACUUAUUUAAUGUUGAGCGGCCUGUGCGUAUCGAACACAACAGCUGUGAUCUUGAAGAGGUUUAGGCCGGACGAUUUCUUCGCCUCCAUUUCAAUUUACAAAAUUAGAUCUGUAAAUGUGGUGCCGACCAUCUUGAAUUUCAUGGCGAACACCAGCCUGGAUGAGAAAUACAAUUUGGAUUGUUUGAAGGAGAUUGUUUGUAGUGGGGCGGCGAGCAGAGACGUGGACAAUGUUAAAGUUUGUGAAAAAUACGGUUUGAAAUCUGUGAGGAAUUUGUAUGGUAUGGGGGAGGGGGUGGUUUGCAUCACCAUCAUGCCCCCGGACGAGUACCGCAAGGGGUGUAUUGGUAAGUUGUACCCAGAACGUGAACUGAAGGUUGUGGACAGGAAAACGGGACAAUCGCUUGGACCUGGAAAGGUUGGGGAGUUGUGCGUCAAAAAUCCCACCAUGGCAGGCUACGUCAACAACCUGGAAAAAACUGUUGAAGCUUUGGAUGGUGAUGGUUAUCUUUACACUGGAGAUGCUGGAUACUAUGACGAAGAAGGAUACAUUUACCUAGUGGACAGGAUAAAAGACCUCAUCAAAUACAAGGGCUUUCAAGUGGCUCCUUCCGAAUUGGAAAUAUUGCUGCUUAAACAUCCGUCAAUAAAAGAUGUGGCGGUUGUGGGCAAACCAGAUGAAAGAGUAGGCGAGUUACCCAUGGCGUUUGUCGUCAGGAAAAUGGACGAAGACGUUUCAGAGGAGCAAAUCCACGAGUACCUGAAGGAAUUUGUGUCGGGCAACAAACGGUUGCACGGAGGCGUCAAAUUCGUGGAGGCGAUUCCCAAAAAUCCCACAGGGAAGAUUCUGCGGACGUGUUUGAGGCAGAUGGUUGAAGAGGAACACCACAUUUAAGAAUUAUGUAAUAAAAGUGUUUGACUAACAGUUGUUUUAUUUUCUCGAUCGUAGUGCUUACUGCAAUGCAAUAAUUGACUGUUUAGUACAAUCUGAACAUGUGUAAUGAGCGUUCGGAACGUUUUGAUGCAUUUAAAAAAUUUCUAGUCUUAUCGUGGAUUCAAGGUUUACCAUUGGAGAGUUUGGCAUUUCUUGAUAACGACUUGUGCGCAAUUUGUUUCUAUACCUGAUUAUCCUAUUUGUGUAAUAAUAAAUGCGAAAUAAUUCUGAGAUCAAUUAUACAAUACUAAAACAAUCCCAGUUCUGCUAAGAAUAAAAAUAUUAAUAACCUUUUCGUUAAGAGUAUUAAAAGAACUGCGUCUAAGAUUUGUACAUAUCCAGGAGGAAUUGUAAAUAUGUAAUACCUAGACAAAAAAUUCUUUUAGAACUAUUUCUGCAUAAACAACCAUAGAUAAAAACUGAUAAACUUCAGUACGAAGCAAUUCGAAAAAUGCGUUAACGCAUAUAAACCAAUAUAUAAAAACCGCGUCCGACAACCAACUUAAGCAUCAGGUCUGAAGUGAUCGAAGGGGUAUCAAAAAAUAGCGAAUAUGAAGUCUUUCGGUUGCAUUUUGCUGGUUCUAGUCCUGACCACCUGCGGAGAUGCUACUCAUCAUAACAAGCAUCAUUCCCACCUGAUAAAACACCAUCAUAGCAGGUCUAACUCUAAUAAUGUCUGCCAACUCGUUUGUGAAUCCCCUACAACUUCUUCUCAACCAUCAGUUGGUACUUCAAGUCCCAGUCCUGGUACUUCAAGUCCAAGUUCUGGUACUACUAGUCCCAGUUCUGGUACUACUAAUCCCAGUUCUGGUACUUCAAGUUCCAGUUCUGGUACCCCACAAACUAGCUCACCGGUAGCAACUCCAACAUCGAGCAGUUCCUCAAGUUCCAGUAUUGGUUCUUCUUCAACAACUCAAUCACAGGGUAGUUCCUCAACUUCCACUCCUGGUUCUCCUAUAACAACUUCAACCCCUACAGCCAGCACAGCAUCAUCAAGUGCAUCUCCAUCACCAACUACUGCUAGCCCUACGACGCAAUCUACUGCAUCCCCUACGACUCCAUCUACUGUUUCCCCUUCGACGUCAUCUACAGCUUCUCCUACGACGUCAUCUACAGCUUCCCCUACGACGCCAUCUACAGCUUCCCCUACGACACCAUCUACAACUAGUACUUCUACCACUCAAGCCUCAACUUCUACUUCAACAUCCACAACAGAAGCACCAGUUCAAUGCCCAGCAGUUUGUACCAACUCUCACGGCAUCGUAGUACGCCCAGAUUCUAUUUUAGCGUCGGCUCGCACCCAUCAUGGAAACAAACACCACUCAGCUCACAAGCGUCAUCAUUAAGAUCGUAUGUCCCACCUCAACUAUAUCGAAAUUGGCCAGCAUAAACAGGAUUAUUCUUUGAUUUUUUGUAAUAUUUACAUGUGAUUGAUGUCUAUAGCAAAAAUAAAUGAUUUUUUUCUUUGAA